CAGCGGCAAGAGCAAAACAUCGCAACAUCGCAGCAGCAGUGGCAGCAGCAGCAGCAACAGCAACAUCACUGUGGCAACCGCAACAGCGCAGCAGCAACAUCAGCAGCACGUGUGCCCUGUGCCCCAAAGUGCGUUUCCAUUUGCAAAGAGCAAAGUUUUUCUUUUUUUUACAAGUGUUACUUUUUGUUAGUGUGUGCACCCAAAGUGCUCGAGAAAAUCAGCAGAGAUAAAUACAUAAAACGCCGAGAAAUUCAAGAGAAAAGGCAGAAAAAAGUUAAGGCUAAAAAGCAAUUAAAACAAAUUGUGCCGUAAGUCAAGUCGGUGGGCUUACAGCCCAGUCCCCCAAAAAAAACAAAGAAAACUGAAAAAAAAACUCCGAAAUACACAAGGAACCACCGCAGGAUCCACAGGACACAGUACCACCCACCGAUCCCAAAAGAAGCGUACGCGAAGAACGUGAAAUAAAAGGAAACCAUGUCCCAGGAGAGUAAUGGUGGCCCAGCAGCAUCAGGAGGAGGUGGCGGAGGAGUAGGAGGCGGUGGAACUGGAGCUGGAGCAGCAGCACCACCACAAUACAUAAUAACCACACCCAGCGAGGUGGAUCCCGACGAAGUGCGCUCCAUGGCCGAUUUGGAGCUGGGAUCCCCCGAAAAGCAGGUGCAGGUACAGAGCCAAAAGUUCUCCAGCACAUCGAGCACCACCAAGGUGGCCACGCACUCCUUUUCGAUGAGCAGUAGUGCCGGCACUACUGUGCAACAAAGCAAACAGGAUAGCGCCCAGCAAAUCCAGCAGAUUCAACAGCUUCAGCAACUCCAGCAGCAGCAGCAAUCCCAGAGAAUCAUAUCCAGCUCGACGAGGAGUCAGAGCCUGCAGUCCAGCACGAUUGUGGGCGAGGCCACCACCAUUUCGAGCGGAGCCGCCCAGAUGCUCAGUUCCUCGGCGGCGGCUUCGCUGGCCCAGCAGCUGAAGGCCCAGAGCUCCACCUCUAUCAUCACCAGCAGCGAGCAGAGGACCAGCACGAGCACCAGCAGCAGCAGCAGCACCCGCUACAUAGCCAGCGGCUCCAGCAACCUGGCCGGCGGCAACUCCAACUCGGCCAGCUCGGCCAGCAGCAAGACUCGCUUCCAGAGUUUCCUCCAGCAGCCGGAGGGUGCCCACGGAUUUCUGACGGCCCACCAGAAGCACGUACGCCAGUUUGUGCGCUCCACAUCGGCGCACUCGGAGGCGGCAGCCGGAGUGGCUGGAGCACGGCCUGAGAAGUGCAUCCGAAGCGCCUCCACCCAAAUCGAUGAUGCCAGUGUGGUUGGCGGUGUGGAAUCGGCCGGCAACUUGACUGACAGCUCCGCCACCGGUGGAUCCAUGCAGCUGUCGAUGAGCAAGCUGGGCCUGCAGCAGUCCUCCUCCAUUCUGAUCUCCAAGUCGGCGGAAACGAUCGAGAUGAAGAGCUCGUCGGCGGGCAUGCGCACCCAGUUGACCUUGAGCGGUGGCUUCUUGGCGCCGCCGGGCAGUCGCAAAAUUACCAUCUUGAGUCCCAUACACGCGCCGCCCGGUCUGCACGAUAUGCUCAAGCGGGCGCAAGGACGAUCGCCACUCUCGCCCAGGAUCAGCUUCCCCGGCAGCGAUUCGGACCUCUUUGGCUUCGAUGUAGAAAAUGGCCAGGGCGCUCGAUCACCGCUCGAGGGCGGCUCUCCCAGCGCCGGUUUGGUACUACAGAAUUUGCCGCAGCGCCGCGAAUCGUUUCUAUAUCGCUCCGAUUCGGACUUUGAGAUGUCGCCCAAGUCCAUGUCCCGAAACUCAAGCAUCGCCAGCGAAAGGUUUAAAGAACAGGAAGCCUCUAUACUCGUUGACCGAUCCCACGGCGAGGAUCUCAUUGUGACGCCUUUCGCCCAAAUUUUAGCCAGCUUACGUUCAGUGCGCAACAAUUUAUUAAGUCUGACAAAUGUUCCAGCAUCAAACAAAUCCAGGCGGCCCAACCAAUCCUCGUCGGCCUCGCGAUCGGGAAACCCCCAAGGAGCCCCGCUGUCCCAGGGCGAGGAGGCCUACACCCGCCUGGCCACCGACACCAUCGAGGAGCUGGACUGGUGCCUCGACCAGCUGGAGACCAUCCAGACCCAUCGCAGCGUCUCCGACAUGGCCUCGCUCAAGUUCAAACGCAUGCUCAACAAGGAGCUGUCGCACUUCAGCGAGUCCAGCAGAUCGGGAAAUCAGAUUUCCGAAUAUAUAUGUUCCACUUUUUUGGACAAGCAGCAGGAGUUCGACUUGCCGUCGCUGCGCGUGGAGGAUAACCCGGAACUGGUGGCCGCCAACGCAGCCGCUGGUCAGCAGUCCGCCGGACAGUAUGCGCGCUCCCGCUCGCCGCGCGGCCCGCCCAUGUCGCAGAUCAGCGGCGUAAAGAGGCCACUGUCGCACACGAACAGCUUCACCGGCGAACGGCUGCCCACCUUCGGUGUGGAGACACCCAGGGAAAAUGAGCUGGGCACCCUGCUCGGCGAACUGGACACCUGGGGCAUUCAGAUAUUCAGCAUCGGCGAGUUCAGCGUCAAUCGACCGCUCACCUGUGUGGCAUACACCAUAUUUCAGAGUAGAGAAUUACUGACCAGUCUUAUGAUACCACCGAAAACUUUUCUUAACUUUAUGUCUACUCUGGAGGACCACUACGUCAAAGACAAUCCGUUUCACAAUUCGCUGCAUGCCGCCGACGUGACCCAAAGCACCAACGUGCUACUCAACACACCGGCGCUGGAGGGCGUAUUCACACCGCUCGAAGUGGGCGGGGCGCUGUUCGCCGCUUGCAUCCACGAUGUUGAUCAUCCCGGCUUAACCAAUCAGUUCUUGGUUAACUCAAGUUCCGAACUAGCAUUAAUGUACAAUGACGAAUCUGUUUUGGAAAAUCAUCAUUUAGCUGUUGCCUUUAAAUUAUUACAAAAUCAAGGAUGUGAUAUAUUCUGUAAUAUGCAAAAGAAACAACGCCAAACAUUGAGGAAAAUGGUUAUUGAUAUUGUGCUGUCUACGGACAUGUCCAAGCACAUGAGUCUGCUGGCCGACCUAAAGACAAUGGUGGAAACCAAGAAGGUGGCCGGCUCCGGCGUACUGCUGUUGGACAACUACACCGAUCGCAUACAGGUGCUUGAGAAUCUGGUGCACUGCGCCGAUCUGAGCAAUCCCACCAAGCCGCUGCCGCUUUACAAGCGCUGGGUAGCCCUGCUCAUGGAGGAGUUCUUCCUGCAGGGCGACAAGGAGCGCGAAUCGGGCAUGGACAUCAGUCCCAUGUGCGACCGCCACAAUGCCACCAUCGAGAAGUCGCAGGUGGGCUUCAUCGACUACAUCGUCCACCCACUUUGGGAGACCUGGGCGGACCUGGUGCACCCGGAUGCCCAGGAUAUACUCGACACGCUUGAAGAGAACAGAGACUACUACCAGAGCAUGAUACCGCCCUCGCCGCCGCCAUCGGGCGUCGAUGAGAAUCCGCAGGAGGACAGGAUACGCUUUCAAGUAACCCUUGAGGAGUCCGACCAAGAAAACCUCGCCGAGCUGGAGGAGGGCGACGAGAGUGGUGGCGAGAGCACCACCACUGGCACCACCGGAACCACCGCCGCCUCCGCGCUAAGCGGGGCUGGUGGCGGUGGCGGUGCAGGCGGGGGUGUGGCACCUAGAACGGGUGGCUGCCAAAACCAAGCGCAACACGGUGGAAUGUGACGGAGAGUCGUGGGAAUUUAUCGCAAAUUACAGGAAAAGGCUCACAACUUUUUCCUAUUACGUUAGUGACUACUAUUAACACAAAAAAAAACCAAACAAAAACCUAAAACGAAAAACAAACAAAAAAAAACAAAGAAAAACUCUUGGAAAAAAUGCAAAAAAAAAAUACAAAAAAAAAAAACAAAAACCCAAGUAAGGAAAUAUUAUACCAAUGUUUAAAUGCAUACAAAAAUCCAAACAGCAAUAGCAAAACUACCGUUAAACCUUUAAAGUCUAGAGAAAAUCGACAAAGGAAAUUAGAAGUUUACUUAAUGGAACCCGAGAUUGAUGUUGAAAAUACACUUAAAAAAGGAGGAGGAGGCAGAGCUAACUAAGAAAAAUCAAUAAGUACAUAUUGUUAAACACAUAGACACACUAAAUUCAAGACAAAGCAAAGAUAAUGAGAAAAAAAUUGAUAAGUAAUAAUAAGACGAUACCAAAACUCCCGCCCCAAACCCUAAGAAACCCUCUCUUACCCCUCCCCUUUAUAUAUACAAUUUUUGUUGCAUGUGCAGGUAAAUGAUUUUUGUCAAAUUCAUCUGAAGUAGUAUAUAUCAAUCAGAGGAAGACCCGUAGCAGAGUCUCCUCUUUUAAUCCAUUGACUAAAGUGAAAUAUUUAACGCAGAGAAUCAGGCAAACGAAAAGGAAUAAUUAAUACGACCUAGCUUAAGAGAAGUUAUUAAGUUUUUAAUGUUUUGCAUGCACCAAACAGAUUUAUUUUACUUGAUUGAUAACGCUAGAUCUAACUGAUAAACUGAUAACAGCAGCACAUGGAGUUUUUUAUAAUUUAGACCACAGCGAUAGAAGCGAAAGAAAAUCAGCCAUGUAAAGUGUAAGAACCCAGUGAAUUAAACCAAAAUUGAAAGCCAACCGAGUUGAAACCAAGUUAAUUCUAAAUCCACAACCCAAAACCCCAAAAAACAAAAGAGAAUGAUGAAUGGAACAUUCUACAGCCAGACUGUAGUUGUAUAGUAAUAUAUAUGAUAUAAAUAUUUUUUUUUAAUAUUAUUUGUAAAUAAUUUAAAUGUUGGACUCGAAUUUAAAUCAAGCGGCUAGCACAUGUUGCAGCUAAACUAAAAUGAAAACAAAGCCAAAAACACACAUAAAUAGGGAACUAAGUGGAAAAGGAGGAAAAGGAAAAACGGAAAGAGAAUAACUAUUGUACAAUUAGCUAAAGAAUUUCCAUUUCAAUUUUCAAUUUAAAUUGCAAUUUAAUUUGCUUCCAGAAAAGAAUGAGAGAUAAACCGAAAAUAAUUUCAAACGCUGUCUUCGCAAAUAUUUUUCGCUAUAUAUUACUUAUACCAUUAUUUUACUAGUUACUAAGCUACUUACUGAGCCACACAAAUUAAAAACGAAAGAGACAAGACACCAGGACAAGAAAGAGAAGGAGCUUUCAUGAAUUUAGUGAACAAACAUACAUAACUGGCAACCGGCCACUGAGGCAGAGGCCACUCACAAUUUACAAAGGAAACACCACCAAAAAAAGACUCUUCAAGCACAAAAACUGUUUAGUUAACCAACUGUAAAACCAAAGCAAAGCAAAAUAACAACCAACACAAACGAUAUAAUCCCAAAAAGUCUUUGGCUAUAAUAUGAUUACUUAACCUAACCUAUACAACAUAGAUAUAUAUCCUAUAUGCAUAUAUAAAGUCACGAUACUGGCGCUGGUGCGCGGAUCGAUCAAUGUGGCAGGCCAAAUUCUAAACGCGCAUAAUUUAACUAUUGUUUAUAUUAUGUUUUAUUGUUAUUAAUUUAUUACCCAAAAACAUUAUUUUUUCAGACCUAGUGCUAUAUAUAUUUCUUUUUUGUGUUGAAGCGGGCAGGAUCCGCGCAUAAAAUAGUGUUUUUUUUUAUUACAAAUAUAUAUAUAUAUAUAUAUAUAUAAUAUGAUAUGUGAAUGAAAUGUAAUGAAAUGAAGUGGAACCUUGAUGGUCUAAAAAUAUCAUUAAAAGCGAGAUGGAAAGUUGAAGAACAAGAGAUACUUUAUAGCAAUUUAAGCAGCAUUGUAAAUGUGCGCUUCAGAACUACUUUUUUUCGAAACUUAAUCGACCUUCAGCAAAUACAGCAAGAUAUAUUACCUACAUACAUACACACAUAUAUUAUUAAUUGAACCAUAGUUGCGACAAAAACAAAAAUUACGGCAAGUCCAUGGCAAACUUAAACAAAAACCAAAAGCUACUUUAACAAAUUGAGUGAAAUAAAUAAAAGAAAGAAAACAAACAAAAAAAAAACAAAACCAUAUGACUUUUUUCUCCUCCUACAAAAUAACAAAAUAAAAACUAAAAAACAGAAAAAAUAAACUACUAAGUAUUGUAUUUGUAAUACGAAUUUUCCUGCGAGUGAAGUCUUUCCGCAGAACAAUAAAGCUGGAAAAGAAAACCUACAGAGUUCCGCAGCAACAGCGGCACUGGUACAUGUGUAGCUAUAGCUAUAGCUCUAGCUAUACGAUUAUGUAAUUUACCAGAGUAUUAACCAAACAUUUAAAUUUAUAUGCAUAUGCAACCAACAUAUAUAGAUAUAUACUAGGAAUAUAUGCAGUAACGGACAUUUGAUGUAUACUCGAGUUGAAACAUAACCUAACCAGAUGUUGUAUGUGUAUGUGUAAUUCGAUGAACUUUAAGUCCAAGCCCAUAAACCCAUAAGAACAAGCAAUUUAUAGUGAACAAGUCGAAAAGUAUCUAAAUGUAAUUGUUAGCAAAUGUCGAGCAAAUCCGAAAGUUACCAGAAAGUUAAAGAGGCAUCUAUCUUAUCCCCCCUCCCCACAACACUCAAUUUUUGACUGAAAUUGAAUCGUCUAGUAGAGGCACUCAAUUCGUACUCCGCCAUCCCCCAUCCCCCCUCCCCUAUCCAUCCCCUUUCCACGACUACUCUAUUUUAUCCAAUUUUUUUCUAUCGACGUGCCGCCAAUUAUAUCAGUGUAUAUAAACUAUAUAAAAUCACGCAUAUGUGCACACACAGAGUUUUGUAGCGUCAUAUGGCAUUAAGGAUACCCACUUAAAUAUGCCUACAUAUAUAUGGAGGGACAUAAGCAAGUAAAGUAAAUUUACAUAUAUGUGUGGGUAAAGAGAGAGAUCAGCAUUUGUAGCACAGGUUGGCCAAAUUUAUUGGGAAUAUCGAUUAAAGUUGAGUAAAGCCGAAGAAAAACCAAAUGAAAACUGUUUAAUGUGCUGUUAGCCGUAAUUGAGAACUUUUUUUUGAGAUAACUUAAUACCUAUAUAUAUAAAUAUGUAUUACAAUAUAUGUAUCUAUAAAUAUAUAAAACAGGCGACAAACAAAUUAAACCAAAUACCGGAACAAAACAACCCAAAAACCAAAAACGAAAAAGAAGAGAGAGAACAAAUAAUACAAACGAUAUUGAAAUGGCACGUUUUAUACUGUAAUGAAAUGAGGAAACACCAAAGACGAAUGCAAAACAAAAAUGCAAACACAAAACAAAAUAUACAAAAAAAUAUUCUUAAAAAUACCAUAAAUUGUGCGCUGGCGACGACGGUUGUUUGAAAAUGAGAAGGAAAAGGACAUGCCGCUUGAAAUGCCGAUCGUAAGCGAGUCCUUUCGCUUAAAAUGCAAGUCGGCAUUUCAAUCGAGUGGAGAAUCGGAAGAUAUUAUAUACAUAUAGAACACGUAACGCUGGCGUUACUGGGCAAACAGUUAGGCAUUUUUUUUUUGGAAAUUUAUACAAUUACAUAUACAAAAAGCUCAUCCACAACAAGGACUACAACUACAGAAGAACAAAAUACACACAUACAUACAAACAUUAACGCGUACACGAACAGCGAUUUGCGCCAGAUCAAAAUUCUGGGGAUUUCGAACCGAAAAAGAAAAAGUGAAAAUAGAAUGAGAAAAAUCGGCAAGUUAUUUACCACUGAAACUGAUCGGGUGUACUAUAGUAGCAAAUAGGGCUUACCCAGUCUGAUUCACCCAAAAUGAAUAUAUACAUAUGUAGUAACGAGCUGGCUUUUGUUGUUUAGUUAUGUAUUGUUUCGGUUAUGUUUUGCCUCUCUCAGAAUUACCAUAUACAUAUAUAUGUAUAUUCUAUGUAUAUAUAUGUAGUUAUGUAUGUGAAUGCGUAAUCAUUUAUGAAACCAAUGAAAAUCUAUCCUGAAAACAAAGAGAAAAACCAAAGUCAAAUAAAUAAUUGCAUGCAAGAGUAAGUAAUAUUAAUGGAAUAUAAGAACAAAGGUCACUCUCUGGCUUUAAAAAAGGCCGCAUGGCAAAUGAUAAAUGGUAAAACACUGAGCAGGUGGCAUUAUAAACAGAUUUGAAUGAUUAUGGAAUACAGACUAAAAAUAAAAAUUAAAAAAUAAAAAAUACAAAUAAAUGAAAAGAUAAUAUUUAAAAAUA